UAACAACUUUCUGUUAUUCUGUUAUGAGAAGAUUGAGUUAGUUACGUUAUACUGUUAUAGUUUGUUAGACUUUGGCUAUGCUAUAUAUAGUGGUCAUUCUCUACUUUGUAUUACUGUAAUAAAUAUAUCAUUUUAGUAAUAAUUCUCAGAGUUAUCUUCAACCUUUCUCAUUGUUCUUUAAAGUUUAUCAUGGCCUCCGGCAGUGAAUCCUUCGUUAUCAUGUCAUCUUCUCCGUAUUAUCUAAACCCCUUAGAUGAUCGCAGAACCACAUUGUCAGAUGAUCUUCUCACCAGAAAAAACUAUUGGAAGUGGUGGAAGUCGGCCAAACUCGCACUGUUUGCAAAAAACAAGCUGGGUUUUGUGGAUGGAACCAUCAAGAAACCGUUGGAAUCAUCUCCGGAGUUCCAUGCCUGGGAGAAAGCUGACUCCAUGGUCUAUGCAUGGAUCGUCAACUCAAUAGAUCCUUCACUACAUGACAUCAUAUUUCAUGUGCCUACGGCAAGAGAUCUUUGGAAAAAUUUGCAGCAAAGGUUCUAUAAAGGUGAUCAACCACGUGUUCGCGAGUUAUACAAAAGUUUGCGUUACGUUACACAAGAACCUAACAUGCCCCUGAAUGAUUAUUAUCACAAUUACUCGAGUAUGAUGGAGGAGCUCGCUGAACAACUACCGCCGCUUGAGUGUGUAGGUGAGGAUACAAAGAUUUUUCUGCUGUUCCAAGAAGACCUUUUGACUAGAAAAUUCGUUCUUGGUCUUGAUGAUCGCUUUUCCCACAUGACAGUAUCCCUUCUUAACUAUAAUCCUAUGCCACCUUUGAGGACAGUUUUCGAUCGUGUAUUAAGCGAGGACGCAAGACUCACUCUGGAUAAAUGCAAGAAAAUAACAAGCUCGUAGAUGGAGACAAUUCUUCUGGACCUAACAAUAGGACAAUCCGAUCCAGUGAUUAGCACGAGGGGGGUCGAAGCAAAUUGUUUCUCAUCCGCAGCAGUUUCAGAAGAUUUGAAUGCUAUUUGUCUAUUGUUCUUAGUAUAAGCUAGGAUGUUGUAAUGAUAAUAAAUCAGUUUUUCUAUAAAUUUGAUUCAUUGUGA